UAGAAAGACUGAAGUGUGAUUGUCGUGUGAGCUGACAGAAAAAAUUGUAAAUUUAUGGACAGACAAUGAAUAGAUGAUAAUUAUUCAAGAAUUUUCCGACUCUAGAUAGUCCAGGAUGUUAGAGCUGGAAGUCGUACCGGAAAGGUCUUUGGGAAAUGAGCAAUGGGAGUUGGUUUUGGGUAUGGCAUUCAGCCAAGUGGUUCAUAUUCUACAACAGCAGUUCCAGAGUAUAAAAAGUGUUCAAGUUCUUUAUAGUGAAUUGAAUCCCUUGGUGAUGGACCUGAUCAUAAAUCUUUCUCAAGAUGGCAUACGCUUGAUAUUCGCAUUGUCGCAAAGGUUGAAAGUCAUUGAAGUAUAUUGCAUGAGCAAGGCAAAACUAAAAUACUGUGGGAAUGUGUUUUGUUCGCCAGAAGUUCCACCUACCCUAGAACAAAUUGAUCAUUCAUUUGGAGCCACCCAUCCAGGAGAGUAUCAUUCUUCUCAGCAAGUUUUUGUUUUGAACUUCCGUGGUCUCACCUUUGCAUUUGCCAUAGAUCCAAAACUGCAGCCAAGAUAUGCUCAUGGGCUGGGAAGUCUACAAUUCGGUGCUGCUUUUCCUGUUGUGUCAAAAAUGUCCAUUUACAGUGGCAACAGUCUAGCAGAAACCAGAGCCCCAGCUCUGCCAAAUAACAGUUUCUGUAAUCACUGCUAUUUAGAAAAAUUAGAUGUUCUAAGAGACGGAGAAGAAACUAUAGGAAUCAAACUGCAAAUAAUUACUGAAGAUUUAGGUUCAAAUAAACUUUUAGAAUUUAGGAAACAAAUUAUGACGAAAACAGUCAAAUUUGGAGAUUCCGCUCAGGAUGUAACAAGUUCCUUGGGAUCUCCUAGUAAAGUUUUUUAUAAAUCUGAAGAUAAAAUGAAAAUACAUUCUCCAAAUUCCCACAGAUAUAGGAAGUGGAGCUGCUCAGACUAUUUCUAUAAUUACUUCACUUUAGGCUUGGAUAUUCUUUUUGAUGCCAAAAGUCAUAGAGUAAAGAAGUUCAUUCUACACACCAAUUAUCCGGGCCAUUACAAUUUUAAUAUUUAUUUUCGAUGUAACUUCAAUUUACCCAUAGAGAUCAAGAGACCUUCAGAAUCUGAAGAUAUGACACUGAUUGAUGUGUCUGAGAAAAAAUAUAUGAUUACCGCUUUUACAAAGUGGGAUACUAUGGAAGAACACCUAAAGAAACCUUUGGAACGCCCUGUGGUUCUAAACAGGGCUUCAACGCACAAUGCUACGAAUCCUUUUGGGUCCACAUGUUGCUAUGGUUAUCAAGAUAUUAUAUUUGAAGUUAUGCCCAACAAUCAUUUAGCCUCAGUUACUUUGUAUCAACGAAAGAAAUUGACAAAAAAGCCAGACGUUUGACAUGAAGUCAUUAGGUAAAGCUAACAAAUAAACAAGUACAACUGAGCAACAUUGAAGUUGACAGUGUUGGACCUUCAGCUUGAUUUCUGCCAUAGCACAGAACAAGUCUUCUACAUCGAUAUAUUUAAACUGUUACGUGUCAAUGGGUAUAUGUACCUUCUUUGUUCAAAAAGGAGGGAAAUAUAUAAA